AAAUUAAAUGGUACAAAUUUGAUGUCUGUGCAAAACUGAGCAGGGAACGAGGCCAGGCACGGAGAGAGGAGUGGGUGGUUGAGUGAGUUAAGCCAGCAAAUGACAGAGACGGCGGCGUUAGCACUGAAAGCGGCUUCGGCUGCGGCUGCGGUAAGUUUUCCGAUACUCAACUCCGGCGUUGGCAUCGGUACCGUUGAUCGGCGGUUACCGGCGGCAGUUGUGAACGCGUAUCGGAUCUCCAGCGUUAUGGAUAGGUUGGCCAUCGUUCUAAGGCCCGGACAACGUGUAGACUCAGCCGAGCUCUUCAAUCUCUGCCUUUCCCUCGCUAGGGGUGUUGAUUAUGCAGUUGCAAACAAUGCAGAAGCUACUAGAUCUCAAGAUUUAUCUGCAUUGGCGAAGCAGAUAUGUGAACGAAAAGGUGAUUCCUCCUUACAAGCUGUGAUUAUGGUGGUAAUGAUUUCUGUAAAGAAUGCUUGUAAAGUUGGAUGGUUUUCAGAAUGGGAGACCAAGGAGCUCUACACUCUAGCUAAUGAGAUAGGGAUGAACUUCUGCAGUCAAGGGGAUCUUAACACUGCAACUAGCUGUUUGGAUUCUACUGCUGCAACAGUCAUGGCAAGGUUUUAUCCACAGUUGAAGAUGGGUCAUAUUCUUGUCUCUCUUGAUGUCAAGCCUGGAUAUGGGAUCUACACAAUGGAUUUCCAUAUAUUGAAGAACAAUGUGCAGUCUCCAGAGGAAAAGAUUCGGUUGUUUGUAGCUCAAGUAGACAAUGUGGAGACAUCUGCAUGUAUCAUAACUCCUCAACAAGUAAACCUCAUUGUGAAUGGAAGGGGAGUGGAUAAGAGAACUAAUGUCUAUACGGAUGCUGGACCACAGAUGCCAACUAACGUGACUCCAUUGUUAAAAUAUGGAACAAAUCUACUUCAAGCCGUGGGCCAGUUCAAUGGUCACUACGUUAUUGUUGUUGCCUUUAUGAAAGAGACAAAAUUAUGUGACAACAUUCCAGUCCUGUCAGAUUAUGUUCAGCCUCUUGCAGAUGGAUUUGAUUCAGAUCUUGAUCUGAUUGAAGGGCCAUCCCGAAUAUCUCUGAAUUGUCCAAUAAGUUAUACCCGUAUUAGUACUCCAGUCAAAGGACAUUCAUGCAAACAUCUUCAGUGUUUCGACUUUAGUAACUUCAUUAAUAUAAAUUCAAGAAGACCAUCUUGGCGCUGUCCUCACUGUAAUCAGCAUGUUUGCUACUCAGAUAUUCGUCUAGAUCAAAAUAUGGUCAAGGUCUUGAAAGAUGUGGGGAAGGAUAUUGCUGAUGUUAUUAUCUCCACAGACGGGUCUUGGAAGGCUGUCAUGGAAAAUGCUGAUCAGUCAGAUAAGGCUCAUGACACAAACCUUGAUUGUUCAAAGGAAACGACUGAGCUGCAAGAGUCUACUACCCCAAAUGACGUCCCUGAUAUUCUGGAUCUCACUGGUGAUGAUAAUGAUGAUGAUGAUGAUGAAAUGGAUAUCAAUGUUUGUGACCUUGAUGACAUGAAACCUUCCAAGGCUGAUCUAAGUUCUCUUCCUGAUUUGAGCACUAUGAGAAAUCAAAACGUUGGUGCUCAAGUAGAGGAUACGGAUUGGUCUGCUCUCUUCGAUUCUCCUGACUUGUCGACUGCAGCUUGGUCAGAAGCCUUGUUUGGUGGAGUUCCUCAGACUACUCCUGCAACUUUUGUGCAGGCUCCUCAAUUGGCUGAUGUUUCACCUGUACUUACUCAUGAAGCUGAUGGUAGUGUAAAUACUAAUCUCACAGCUUCUGAAAUGCAGAAUCAUUUUUCUUCACCAAAUGUUUUGCAGUUACAACAGAUGCAGUCUGCGAACUUAAAUGCUAAUGAGUAUGGGACAUUUCCAACAAUUUCCCGAACGGUAAACAGGUCACCAACGGCAAUUCAGGCCCUCCCAGCACAGUCCCAGGCAACACAUACUCCACAACAAAGAUUAAGAAAUAAUUUGAAUUCCUCAACUCCCAAUGCUUCUGCUGUGGCUUCUCAGAGUGGUUUAUCACCUACAGCUUUUAACAUGGUAUACAGUGAUUUGGAAAGGCGGAAACAUUUUUCUCAAUCCCUUAUAAACCAGCCUCAAGCAUCCAAUGUUGCCUCGCCGUCUUCACAGCCUUCCUUGGUAACACAGAACCAGAAUCGUCAAGAUCGUUCAUUUCCAGGUCAACUCCCAAAUGCUUAUAGGUUACCCACACUUUCAGAUUUUCAAAAUUCACACCUACAGGCAGCUUUUAAUAAUGGAAGAAUACCACAGGCCAUGGGCCAGUCUUCACAUGCUGUUCGACCUCCACAUCUGUCACGGAGCCCAGUCCCCCAGCAAGGGGCUACUCAACUGGCGACUCCUCAGGCAUCACCGGUUAGUGGAAACCAACAAGCCAGGAUGCCUUUCGCUGCUCAGAGAGCUGCUCAUGCGGCUAGGCAAUACCCUUUGGGUCAAGCUCAAACAUCCAGACAAGGGCUGUCUUUACCACCUAACACUGUUAGGGUAUCAACAGGGGGGGAUCAGAUGGGGACUAUGGGAGGGGAUAGCCCGGUGGAUUUGGCAUCUGAGCAUAAUUGGCGUCCAAUAGCUCGAAUGCGUGGAAGCCUUUCAGGUCAGGCAUAUACAUCUGCACUUAAUCAGUUCAUGAUGCAGCCUACUCAACCACCACAACCUUCUCAAGCUGCAACACCGCCAUCAGUCCCUGCCACUUCCCCACAAAUGAUUCCUCAACUGCAGGUUCUUCUUGCCAACAGCAGAAACGCUCGAACACCUCAGCCGUAUAACCAUACCAAUUGAAAUGCCGUUCUGUGAGGAUUUUGGAAAUGGGAGAUUAUUCAUAUGCAAGGUUGUAUAUAAAUGGCAUGGAAAUUUUUGUACCACGUCACUCGUCAGUGUCACUAUGUAAAGUUUUUGAAAUGUUCGGUGACGAAAAGUAGUCUUGGUAAUUAAGGAGCCGGGUUUUAAUUUUGGUGCCCACUUUUUUCUGCAACGCUUUGUACCUUAGUGUUUUUUGUUCCAUUUGCAGGGCAAAAUCCGGUUGUCGAAUUGUGCAGUGUCCGCAGCUGUUGAAUAUCAAUUUUAGAAUGAAAUUUAUAUAUAGGAAUCAAAAUGAAUAUUAUACU